AUACACUCCUUCCAACCAGUCCUCCUCUGUUUAGCUUAGCACAGCAGAGCAGUAUGAGCAAGCAGAGUGGCAUGAGCUGCAAGAAACGCACUAGAUCCGCCCGGAAGGCCCGAACCCGAAAACCCAAGUUCCUCAGCCUCCGCCUCCAGCUCUCCGCCGACAGGAAGGCGGCUGAGGAGGACCCGGCGGCUGUGGUGCCCGAACACGACUCCGCCACAAACUCAUCCGACGCCAGCUGCCCGCAGCUCGAUUUGUUCCCUCUCCUGCCCGAAGACAACAGCAGCGUCGCGUACGAUCUCUUCUCCGCCGCCGAGAGCGACGCCACUACCCUCACCGCGCUCCUCGGCGCCCCCUCCACUUCCGCUUCCUCCGGCGACGACCACCGGGACAGUCCGCUGAGCUUCCCCUACGGAUACCGGGGAGCGGCGCUCGCGAGGGCGGCUUUGAGGAGCAAAGAGAGGAACCCGUGCGAGGAGAAGUGGGUGUGCUACUCCGAGGUCACCAGCUGCGCCACCGCCGAUCCAAGAAUGGAUUACCGGCGGCGCCUGUCUUUGAAGCUUGAUUACCAGGGGAUCAUCAACGCUUGGUCCGACAAGGCUCCGCUUUACAUCCAAUCGGAAUCUCCCCAGACGGUGCCGGACUUGUUCCACGACGAUCUUCUGUCCAAUGGGACAUGGGGCGGAGGGUGGGAGAGUAACAACAUGAGUUUGUACGCGGUACCUGAGAUGAUGGAGGGUAAGUUGAGAAACGACCGGGAAGGCGGCGGAGACGAGGCAGCGCCCGCGGCAGGGCAAAUUCAAAGAGCGGCGAGCGUGUUAAGAUACAAGGAGAAGCGGCAGAACAGACUCUUCUCCAAAACAAUUCGUUAUCAAGUUCGUAAACUAAAUGCCGAAAAACGACCUCGAAUUAAGGUAUAUAUAUGUUGCGUUCAUUCGUUCGUUCAUUCGUUCGUUCAUUUGCUUAUAUUUGCGGUACUGAUUUGCAGGGUAGGUUUGUAAAAAGAGAUUGAAUGGAAGAGUGUGGUGUUUGUUUAUGGGGCUAAGGUGUACGUUUUGAUGAUGUUGGGCAGGGACCGUGCAAGCCAAGCCAUAGUGAACUGUGAAUGAAUGCCGGGCAGAUCGAGAUUAAUUGAAGAUGGCCUGGGGUCGUGCUUUAAUUAAUUUUAUGUCACUCUUUUUCUCCUUCAUUUUUGUGUCUCACAUUGCUAAUGUAUAAAGGAAAUUAGGAAUGUCCACUCACCAAUAAUAGUGAAAUCAACUUCCAAUAACCUUUUCGAGAAUAAAUAAUAAAUUAAACAAAGGCAGAACUAUUUUCAGUUUGGCACCCACACUUCCG